CUCCACUCUUUCAAUAACAUCAGGGUUACAGUUUGAGUUAAAUUUAAAUGUGUCAAACUGUUUGUUUUCAAGGGGAAAAGGUCUGAUUAAAAUGAUAAUUUUAUACGAUUGGAAUUUGGAAGUGGUUUUGUUAUUAAACUUUUCUUUGAUGCACAUCAAAUUUAUAAGACAGAAGUUGAUCUUAUUAACAUAUUCGACGAAAUAAAAACAAUGCUUUCACAUAAACUGUAUAGUGCAUGUGUUAGCAUACUAAUUGUAGAAAAUCCAUCUGACUUAACCAAACUUUUUCCUUCCUUGCUAUAAAUAUGUCUUAGAUCAAUCGAUGACGAUGAAAAAAAUUUCCCGAAUCAUUCAGAUUUGUCAAAUCAAAUUUAUGCCCGUAUCUCUGUGAAAUAAACAUGGAAUUUAUUUACUCAAUAUUUUGCUAUAAAUACUCCCUAGGACGUUCCAAUAUGUGAUUUUAUGCUAUCAAUAACAAAAAUGGCAUUGUCAAUUUAUCAUCGAAAUUGAUCGUCUUCUAUUUUCUUAAAUCGGUUUAAUUUCAUAUGCAAAUUUAUUCAGUGACGUAAACGCUGUUGUUGUAGAAGUGCACAGGUAACUGGUAUAUAUUAAUUGAGCAACAAACUCUCCUUAUUAUUUCUAAAACUUAUUUAUCUUCAACAAGGAUUAGCCACUUACUGUGAAAAAUAUUUAUUUAUUUUCAUCAACAAGACUCGCAGAAUUUAUUAUUUUUUUUGUCGCUCCAGAAAAACACGAGACCACUGCAGAUGAAUUAGUCAAACAAGCUGAAUAAUUUGUCAUCACGCCAGAAUGGGUUUGUUACGGAACAAUUCAGUGACCGAGGAAGGCUUCACAGUACAAGACAACGCUGCGCUGUGCAGUGACACAGUCGAAGCUUCGAUACCCCAACACGACUACAUCGAACCCUCUCCAGCCAUGUUGGAACUUGGAGCCCAUUGUAAAGACUCGGAACUUUUCAGAAAGUGUGGGAUUUGUUACAAGGUGCCGAUAAACGGACGAGUUUUGGAUUGUUUUCAUACUUUUUGCGAGUCCUGUCUGGAACGAGUCUGGUGUGACGCGUGCGUGAUAAGAUGUUCUUUGUGUUCAAGAACCACUCCGAUUCCAGACAGGGGCAUUGCGAGUCUACCCAAGAACAUAUUCUUAUCAACGAACCCUGUGGGGGAUAUCCAAUUGACUUUACCCUGUGACUUAUGUGACAAUAGCCAGCACGCCGAGGUCCACUGUCUUGAUUGUGAACAGAAGAUGUGUUCCUCUUGUCGUCUGAUACAUUUAAAAAGUAACGCGUCUAAAACACAUACGGUUCAAGUUUUAGACCCUAGUAACAUACCUAUGCCAGACGAUUUACAUGGAUACCAUUCAAAGAAAAUCGCGAACAGUUGUGAAGAUCACGGCGAGGAAUUAACUUACCAUUGUAGGAUGUGUGCCAAGGCAAUAUGUAAACUCUGUAGGAAAGACCCAGCGCAUAAAGGCCACCGGACCAAACCUCUCACGGUUGUCAUGGAUACAAAACGUCAACUUCUUACGCAGAAAAUGACAUCAAUAGAAAAUGGUCAUUUCGAAGUUUUAAGGAAAAAGUUGUACAAUACAAGAAAACAAGCUGACGCGCUGUCCAACAACGCCAAAGAUGUCAUAAAUCAAAUUGUCACCAGAGCCGAAGACCUAAAGCACGAUAUCGACAUUGCCAGCGACGCUCUCAUUACUGAAGUACUGGAAAAGAAGAAGGAGAGCUUGGAGAAUUGUCACUCAAUAGAAAAGAUAAUCGAGCACGAAAUUCUGGGCAUUGGCAGCUCUUUACAGUACAUCUAUAGCCUACUUCAACAUGGGUCACCUCUUGAGAUCUGUGAAGCUUUGCCAGCUAUCAACACUAUUCUGGACGGCUACGAUGAAGGGGAGCAGAUUCCUAGAUUGGAGAAAACUGACAUUACAUUUGAACUUGGCGACUUGACUUCAGAAUCUGUCAAGCGCGAUUUCGGAACGUUGACCACCCGCAAUAGGGGGCGUCUAUGGUCAAGGAAGAUAUCGGCAGGCUUUGGUUGUUUACAAGAUGUAAGCAUUAGAAUGCAGACGUCUUUCGAUUUCCCUACUUCUUCAUUGGAAGAAGUCCAGGAGGAAGAGGAGGUGCCGAUACACGCUCUAUCAGCAUCAGUAACAAACGACCAUCAGAUAUGGACGUGUGCGGGAUGGAACUCUUCAACCAUUGCUCUUCUUGACAGCCAAGGUAACCCUCAAGCUUCUGUUCCAAUCGGCCAUAAAGUGGAUGACAUUUCUGUUUCCAUGGACGACGAGUUGUUCAUUUCUUGUUUCCACAAGAAGAUGCUUGUUCGUUAUAACAUUUCGACAGUAGCCAUGGAGACGGUUCCAUUGCCGUAUUACCCGCGUGGUAUAACAACUUGCGCCGAUGGCGGGAUCCUUGUUUGCAUGACGGACAGCUAUAGCUCAUGUGCAUCCGAUAACAGCAGGCGAUUUGUUGCUAAAUACACAAAGGACUUGAAACUCGAAAAAGUUUUUGAGUUUGAAGAAAAUAAACGACUAUUCACCAGACCUUACAGAGUUGCUGAAAACAUCAACGGUGACAUUUGCGUAACAGACAAGACCUCGAUGGGUUCCGGACGAGUUGUCGUUCUUGAUCGCAAUGGCAAGUUCAAGUUUUCAUUUGAAGGUCCAUCCAACAACCAGUGCAGCGGGAACUUCUCCCCUGCCGGAAUCACGUGUGACAACUACGGUCGUGUCCUUGUGGCCGACACGAACAAUAACUGCGUCCACGUCCUUGACCCUAACGGUAACUUUGUGGGCUUUCUCUUAAAACAGGGAGAUACCCCAGUUAGUCCCCACUCCCUGUGUAUUGACCGCAAUUGCCAGCUGUGGGUAGGAGACGAAGAAGGAAACAUAAAAUUAUACGACUAUCUGUAAAAAAUAAUCGAAGGACUGAAAUACCAUUGUUGACUUUCAAAUGUUUAAAGAUGCCUGGUACUUAAACAUGUAUAUAAUUGAUCGAAAAUUGUAUGUGAUUUAUUGCUUUUUAUUAAAAUCCAAUGAAAAAAUUC